AUGACGCAUGCGAUGCAUCUGACCGAGUGGGACGAGCAGCCUCUGAUCAAGAUGAAUUGUCAUAAAUGGAUGACGUACCUGCGGAUAUUCGGGACUACUUUGUUCGGCGUGUCCCUUCUCGUGGGCAUCUCCACCGCUUACAUUAUGGGUUACCAGUUCUUCACCACAGCACACAAUCACUUAUCUUUUGGCUUAUACGGUGCCAUCUUGGUGGUUCAUCUCAUUAUCCAGAGUCUGUUUGCACUGCUAGAGCACAGAAACAUGAGGAGAUCUUUGGAGACACCAAUCAAACUAAAUAAAUCAUUAGCACUGUGCAUUGCUGCAUAUCAAGAAGACCCCAACUAUCUUCGGAAAUGCCUUGUAUCAGUCAAACGAUUGACAUAUCCCGGAAUCAAAAUUAUCAUGGUCAUUGAUGGGAACAACGAUGAUGAUUUGUACAUGAUGGAGAUAUUCAAGGAAAUUAUGGGCUGGGAUAAAUCGGCCACAUAUGUUUGGAAGAGUAAUUUUCACUCAAAAGGAGCAGGUGAGACGGCAGAGAGCUACGCUGAGAGCCUGCAGCAGAUCUCCAGGAUAAUCCUCAACAACAAGUGUGUCUGCAUCAUGCAGAAGUGGGGAGGCAAGAGAGAGGUCAUGUACACUCCAUUCAAGGCACUGGGCCGGAGUGUCGACUAUGUGCAGGUGUGUGACUCGGACACUAUGCUGGACCCAGCCUGCUCAGUGGAGAUGGUGAAGGUUUUGGAGGAGGAUCCAAUGGUGGGAGGUGUUGGAGGAGAUGUGCAGAUCCUGAACAAGUACGAGUCAUGGAUUUCCUUCUUGAGCAGUGUUCGGUACUGGAUGGCCUUCAACAUAGAGCGAGCCUGUCAGUCUUACUUUGGCUGUGUGCAGUGCAUCAGUGGGCCCUUGGGAAUGUAUCGAAACUCCCUCCUGCACGAGUUCCUGGAAGAUUGUUCUCAGUCUGGGGUAUGCCACGAAGUAUACGGCACGCUCCAAGUGCUUAACAGAGACACCCAUCACGUACCUGCGAUGGCUCAACCAGCAGACCCGCUGGAGUAA